ACGACAUCAACCUUCCAAUCAAUCGAAAUUCUCCGCACCGAAAAGUCUACACAUCCAACCGCUGAAGACCAUCCAAACCCAAAAUCACAAACAGAUCGCGCCACGUGUUAAUACUCAGAAGCCCACCCCCUCAUACUCUGGCUCCGAAAAUGCCGGCACUUCACGCGCAACCUUCACUGAUAAGGUCACUCCUCUACUUUCCCUCUCCCUCCCUCACUCUCAGUCUUCGCACACUUCCACUAUUUCGCGUCACCAAGCUUCGCUGCUUCAACUGUAGCCAGAGCUCAAUCCGUACAGUCACAGCCAUGUCCUUGCCUAAUGCCACCUCCGGCGACUCUUCGCCGGACCACGUUGCCGGGAAGUGGUUUUCGGUGCCGGAGCUCCGACUUCGUGACCAUCGAUUCACUGUGCCUCUCGACUACUCCGUCGGUCUUAAGGCAUCGUCUAAGAUCUCAAUCUUCGCCCGCGAAGUUGUUUCAGUUGGUAAAGAAGAACAACCACUGCCAUACCUAUUAUAUCUACAAGGUGGACCUGGAUUUGAGGCCCCUCGACCAACCGAACCCAGUGGAUGGAUACGUAAAGCAUGUGAAGAAUUUCGUGUUAUAUUGAUGGAUCAGCGAGGAACAGGUUUAUCAACUCCUUUGACAGCUUCAUCUAUGUCGCAACUGAAGUCUGAAGUGGAUCUGGCUGAUUACUUAAAACAUUUCCGAGCUGAUAAUAUAGUAAAUGAUGCAGAGUUUAUUCGAGUACGUCUUUUGCCUGAUGCUGGGCCCUGGACAAUUUUGGGUCAGAGCUUUGGUGGUUUUUGUGCAGUAACCUAUUUGAGUUUUGCACCACAAGGACUAAAACAAGUCCUUUUAACUGGAGGAAUCCCUCCUAUAGGAAAUGGAUGCACUGCAGAUGCCGUGUAUAAAGCAUGCUUUGAACAGAUUAUACAUCAGAAUGAGAAGUACUACCAAAGGUAUCCUCAAGAUAUUGAGGUUGUUCGUGAAGUUGUUAACUAUUUGUCAAAUUCCGAGGGAGGAGGGGUGAAGGUCCAGCUUCCAUCUGGAGGCUUCCUAACCCCAAAGGGAUUGCAGAUUCUUGGUCUUACUGGCUUGGGAUCCAGUGCUGGUUUUGAGCGCUUACACUACAUGUUUGAGAGGGCCUGGGAUCCUAUAAUAGUUCCAGGAGCAUCAAAGGAAAUCAGUUAUUACUUCUUGGAUGCUUUUGACAAGUGGUCAUCUUUUGACACAAAUCCACUUUAUGCUCUUCUUCAUGAAUCCAUAUACUGUCAGGGUGGUUCAUCACGGUGGGCUGCUCAAAGAAUAAGGGCGGAAGAUGAGGGCAAAUUUGAUGCAGUCCGGGCUGCAAAAGAAGGUCGUCCCGUAUUUUUCACAGGAGAGAUGAUCUUUCCAUGGAUGUUUGAUGAGAUUCAUGCCUUAAGGAAAUUCAAAGGUGCUGCUCAUAUAUUGGCUGAGAAGAAGGAUUGGCCUCCACUAUAUGACAUCACUGCACUAAAUAAUAACAAGGUACCUGUUGCAGCUGCUGUUUACUAUGAAGACAUGUUUGUAAACUUCAAGCUGGUCAUGGAAACAGCAUCUCAGAUAGCCGGGAUUCGGUUGUGGAUAACUAACGAAUUCAUGCAUUCUGGUCUGCGCGAUGCAGGGAGCCAGGUUUUUGAUCAUUUGAUGGGAAUGUUAGACGGAAAGAAGCCUUUGUUCUAAUUUCCUUUCCAGUUCCUGCACUAGAUCUGUAUUGUCUUGAUUUAAUUUACCUUCAUGUUCUUGAUAAUUCAGAUUGGGGGCUUACAAAGUCUUUGCGGCAAUUUCUCCAUGUCUUAGAGAUCAAAUUGAGGCUUGUAUAUUGGUUUAGAAUUUCUUUACCAUAAUAUUUGAUUUUUACCUUAGAACUAUAGUCAGUAUCAUAUGCUAAUGUUACGAUAUAGAACUAUAUAUAAUGAUAUAAAACUAUGAACUAUUAUCAUAGAAUAUCAAA